AUGGUGUAUGACGGAUAUUGUGAUGCAUGGUUUACUGGGUCUAUAAAAGCACACAAUCCUACACUGGGCACUGGAUUAAUAAUUAGUUCAAAUGGCAACAUCAUAACCUCGGUUAAUACAAACGGAAAUGUGAACAUUACACCGAAUGGUGCAUUACAAGUUGCAGGAGGUGUUGGAAUAUCGAAGAAUCUCUACUGUGGAGGGAGUCUGUACUCCAAUAAUUUGAAAGUUGCAACUGAAAGUUAUGUAGGGUCAGCCAUUGCAAAUAAACAGACAUCGAGUCCGCUCCUAGAUUCUAUCAGUGGACUCGCAAUAUCAGCGAAUUCAUUUAUUGUUGGAAGUUCUGCUACAUCAUUCUCCACGAAAACCAUUGAAGAAGUAAAGUCAAUUCUAGGCAUUACAAAUGUCGACCUCUCAGGGAAGCAAAAUGCCUCUCCUUUACUCUCUACUCUCGCUGCGAUGUCACCAAUGAGCAAUAUGUUUCUCAUGGGAGAUGAUGUCCAAGGAUUCACUCUCACAAAUGACAUCAAAGUACGAAGCAUUUUAAACAUUGUUGAUUAUUCCUCAGACAUAACUUCAUUGCAAGGAAGCAUUGCAACCCUACAAACAUCAUUAUCAUCAAAGCAGGACACCAUAUCCAGUAGUACCGCAUUAUCAACAGGAACACUUGUUGUAAAUGACAUAACCGAUUCCACAUCAGCCAUCACUGGAGCACUUCAAGUGAAGGGUGGAGCAGGAAUCGCUAAGAAACUAUGGGUUUCUGGUGCACAAAUGACCGUCCAAAAUACUAACUAUAGUGUUGGCCAAACCAAUACCCUCAUGUUUUCACACGCAAUGCAAAAUAUAUGUUCUAUACAAUCCUAUUUGCCUGGUAGUAACAAUGUAGACCUGAAUUUCUAUGUCGGACAAAACAACGCAUCUAUUCAAAGUAUGUCGCUUAAUGGAGCAACCGGAAAUGCUUAUUUUGAUAGAGAUGUCAUCAUCGGAAACACCAGUGUAAAUGCUUUAAGAAGCAUUCAGGUCAAGAAUGUAGACACAGGAACAAAUGCUUGUUCGAUUUUGUAUCUAACUGCAUCCGGUGGUUCGUCUGUUCUUUUUAUGAAUGGAAGUAAUCGUUCAGUUGACGGAGCGCAGAAUUGUUUGACUCUUCGUAAUGAUGUGGGUGCCUUGCGCCUUCAAUCUCAGGGAGCAAAAGGUAUUUACGUUUAUCCUAACACAGGUAAUGUCGUUGUUGAAAGCACCACUCCAGCGUUAUCGAGUACAACUGGUGCUUUGGUUGUCGCAGGUGGACUUGCGGUCGGUGCCCAUGUCAUAUCAGGUGGAAACCUUUAUGCAAAUACAGCGGUCUACGCUAAUGGACAAAAAUGUGCGACUGAACAAUGGGUCUCUACACAAGUACAAGCCUUCCCUAAGAUUCAGGUGUUCAAGAUGCUAACUAAAGAUGUAAUCACAACUGGUAGCGGAACAAAGACGUUCUAUGUUUCUACAGCCGGCCGGGCAUUGAUACGCUAUACCAUCAACUUGCAUGGCACCAAUAAUGCAGGAGGAAUGCUCAAUGUGUAUCUAGGAACUAAUGCCGGUUCGAUGCCGUCAGUCUUUUCCAGUGAUUUUAACUAUAAUGCUGGAGUGAACAGAACAGUUUAUGCCUCAUUCAUCGUGUCGGGUUUAGUUCCUGAUGUAGCAUAUUUUACCAAUUUUUCAGCAGUAAAUGCAGCACCGGAUACAAGUGCAGACGUAACAAUUAUAGAGAUUACGGAACUUGGUGCUUAG